UGAACUUGGAUUAAGAUAUAAAUUGUUUGGAAAAUGAGGGAGGAUAUCACAUACAGUGAGUUCCUUUGAAAGAAAACACACAAACACUUUACCGGUAAUAUCUCAAAACCUGAAACAUGGACCUAGUAACAGCAGCCACAACCCUCAGAAAACAAUUGGUGUCUCUACAGACCAGUGACAAUAACAUAGCGUCUCUUGAUGUCGAACUAGCAAGGCUUGGCGGGGCAUGUCUGAGAGCAGUGAUUGAGGAGAACCAUUACCAGCAGCUACAUCUGCUCCUCCGUCUGUCUGUCUGUGAGGGUGUACACACCAUGUUCACAUCAUACUCCGCUAAGAAAUGGGCUCAGGUGCAGUCCACAGCACAGUCCAUCAAAUCUCAGCUGGAAGCAGAUGACAGUGAGCCCAUGAUAUCACCUGUGACAUCAUCACCAGCAGGUAGCAGCACAAGGCCAGACAAGGCAGCAGGCAUCUGGGCCAGCAUGGACUCCACCAUGUACAGGACUGAAUAG